AUGCUGCAACUGCAUCAAGCGAGAGAAGCAGAAUCAACUCCUAGCUCUGCCCGUGGCAGUGAGUCCACGGAGAUUCAGAAUGAUUCCAACACGCUAUAUCAGAGCUCACCAGUCAAUGGGGAUCUGACACAACCCAGUAAAGCCCAGGACCUGCUGCACGACCUGGGAUAUUCUCGUCAGACUAAUCACAACACUCUGGGCAUCUUACGAACCACGGAGAUGUAUGCUCGCGAUGAUCCCAGCUCAGACUCUUUGGAGACAACCCAUCGACCGGGGCAGAGCGAGUUGUAUCAAAGAUACAAAGGACUCGUCCGUCAGCUUCCCUCGCGGAGUUGUAUCAAUAUCCUCACCCAGAAUUUCUUUUUUGCGGUGAAUUGGCAGUACGAUCUGCUCAACGAGAGGGCAUUUAGCCAGCAGCUGGAGGCGUGGGGGAGAGUUUCGUACGCCGAUCUUCAAGCAGGAUUCGAUGGUAUCCCCCCAGAGAUUCGUACAUUUCCCGCAUUGCUGUUCCAAGUUCUCGCACAAGCACUAUUGUACCAGCAUCCUGACAAGGGGCUUGAGCCAUUGAACACGACAAUGGGAAUGACCCUCCACGAUCUUGGUGUUGAGUACAGCGAUGCUGGUGCCAUGAUCCUGACUCUUCUGGGCAAAAGAGACCUUAACACUGCCACAGUACAAGCAGGCCUGCUGCGAGCCUCUUUCUUAAAAAGCAGUGGGAAGGUGGUUGAGGCGUGGCAUGUGCUCGGAAGCACCAUCCGUGAUGCCCAGGAGAUUGGUCUGCACACUGGGAGGGUGGUGUCGGAUUCAUCUCCACCCACAUCGGAGUACGAAAUGACAGGUUUACCGUGCUGUGAUGUCCAUCAUCGCAUUUGGAUAGUCCUGCACAUAUGGGACAUCCAUAUGGCGGUUGUGCUCGGUCGACCCAUCGUCACGGAGCUUCAACUAGAUGCCUUUGCUCGCAAUGUGGAGGAUGAUGAGAAGCAACAAAAUGUUUUCUCUAACUGGAAAACAGAGACCAACCCUCCACGCCCAUUUGACAUUAUCCUUGCUGGGUAUUCUGUGGCUUAUCGAUAUUUCCCACAAAUCCACCGGCUGGAAAACAAUGGCGCCCACCUUGAAGACUAUGGGGUAGUUGAGGACAUCCAUGCUGCUAUACAAGAGAAUCUACUGCGUCUACCGUCUUGGUGUCGUCUGGAAAAUGCAGACCCGAAAUUUGACCAAUGCCCUGGUUGCCAGUGGCUACCAGUCGCGCGUGAAGGACUCUUCUCACUCAUCCACCUCGUGCUGCUCACCCUCCAUCGACCAUAUGUGUUUUCAGUCGCCAAAAGUCGCACGGCUGCACUCGAGGCGGGAAUCGCCAUUCUCCGUGCGCAAGAGCGACUGUUUCCGCCGUCAGAAACCCGAGAAUGCAAAGUAUUCAACCCGGUGUAUGCUUCAUUCGAUGCAAUUGUUCUCAUUGCCGCAAUUUACAUCGCGUUUCCGGGACAAAAUAACGAAACACUGGAAGAGGCCAUUCAGGUCGUUGAGCGGGGAAUGCAACGGUUGAAGAAUAUCGGCCAUUCCAAUCCCAUGGCCCGAUCAGCAUACGGGGUGGUUUGCAGUCUCUACUGUCGCCUCAAGUGCCGCCUCAGCGGUUUGGAGCCCAGAGAUGAAUCCCCCAACUCGACUGGAAACCAAGAGCAGCUGCUUUCUAAUAACCACGAUGCCGCACAUAGUGUUGGUCCGUUCAACGCAUUGCCACCAGAACUGUCAUUCGAUACGAUCAUGCCUCCGCGUCCCACACAUGACCUUUUCUACGAUCAUCUUUCAGGCACCGAGAUCCCCCCGUUCGAUCCAUCAGAUGGAUUACUUUCGGAUUCAUUUACGACAGACUUGACCGACAAUUGGAAAUUCGACGGGAUCUAUUCCGAUACCAGUUUCUGGAGUUUAAUGAAUGAUUUCAAUCGUUGA